AUGUCGCGGCGCGCGCUGCGCAGCCUGCACGAGGCCGGCACGCUGGACCUGCCGGCGGCGGUGGACUUCGUGCUGGAGGCGACGGCCGCGCCGCGGCUGCACGUGGUGGCGCACUCGACGGGGGCGGCGGCGCUGCUCGCGCUGCUGGCCGAGCGGCCGCAGUACAACGCCAAGGUGGGCGUGGCCUUCCUGCUGGCGCCGGCCGUGCUGCUGCGCUCCGCCUACAGCCCCGUCCUGCGCCUCUUCGCCGCCGGCACUAACUUCGUGCAGCCGCAGACCAUGGCCAAACUAAUUGGAAAAGAUGAAUUCGACCCAGACAAUUCUAUUAUAAAACGCCUGCAUGGGUCGGAUUGUGAUACGAUUGCACCAAGUGCCGAAAUCUGCGAUAACAUACUCUUCAGACUAGUUGGAUACGACAGUGCCAGUCUCUACCCGGACGUGCAACAGCUGCGCCGCUGGCUGCCCCGGAUGGUGGACACGUACCGGGUGGAGCGCCCCGACUUCAACCACCUGGACUUCCUUUGGGCGCCCGACGCCCCGCAGCAAGUCUACCGGCGCCUCCUCCACCUGCUCGUGGGGCUCUCCCGCUGA